AUGUUUCCUUUUCAGUUCUUGAAUUUGUUUUUCAUCGCAGCAAAAGGCAAAGAGGAGAAGGAGCGUAAAUAUGACAUAUCGGCUUACAAAAGAGGGGACUUGCUGGCAGUCCCCCGCACCAUUUUCACGCACUUCGGCAUCUACCUGGGGGACAACAAGGUCGCUCACCUGAUACCCGACAUCUUGCCCGUCCUCUCUAAAAACCCGAACACGAUAAAGAAGACGGUGACCAACCACAGGCUCAUCCUCGGGGUGCUGGCCAAAGUGGCCAGCAUCAGGGUGGACUCCGUGGAGGACUUUGCCUACGGGGCUGAGAUCAUGGUCAAUCAAAGGGACAAGGUCUGCAGCCAGCGGCCACUAAACAACGAAGAAGUGGCCAGGAGGGCCGAGAAGCUGCUGGGAUCCAUUACGUACAGUAUCCUUUGGUACAACUGUGAACACUAUGUCAUGCACUGUAGAUAUGGCAGCGCCACCAGUUUUCAGACCGCUCAGUUCUGCAAUUCUGUGAGGGGAAUUAUUUUCAGUGAAAGGAGUGCCUUCCUCACCGCCAUAUUGGGACUGGGAACUAUGCUCUAUCUCGGCUCAGUGACAGCAUACACCACCCUGCCCACCCUCCUCCUCCCUUUUGCUCUCUGGAUCGCAUCAUAACCACAUGACCCAUGACCAGUUUCGCCAUGCCAAUGAACAACUAACUUUUUUUA